AUGACCCAGUACAAGGAGGGAAAGGCAUCGAAAGAUACACCGAGCCGAUAUAGUCUACCAGCCUGGUUCAUCGAGCGCAACGUCAAGACUCCAUCUGAUCUAGAGAUAUUGAAGGAUCAAGCUAUUAUUUGUCAAUGCAAGAUUUGUCAAGAUUAUCAAAAAAGCUACGAGGACAUCGAUUCGGAUUCGGAUGAUCAACCCCCUGAAAGCGACGUUCUUGAAGCAGACGAGGAAGAACACAAUAGCGCUGAGACUCACGAGAUCAGCCAUGAAGAUGCCAUAUCCUACGCCAAGUUCUCAGAGCUACGCGAUCUUGUGGCCACGAACAUGCUUUGGCGGCAUAUGCGGCCUCAAGACUCAUCCGUUCUGCUUCGCCGGUGCUCUGUUUCGGGUUGCAGCACCUGCGCAAUGGAGCCGUUGCUCAUGAACGAUUUCGUCACUCAUGUGGCCAAGUCUCUGGGAACAGCGUUGAUAACUCUCAGCUUUGAGGAUCUGGAGGAGUUGGGUGGUGACUUUCACGCCCAGGAUAAGCGACAAACUCUCAGAAACGCUAAUAAGCAGACUUCAGAGAAGGGGUCCGAUAGAGAAACGAACGAGACGACUAAAGAAAAAACUCCCUUGACCGUGGAUGGCUCAGCAGCUGGAGCCAGUUCAGACAAUGGCAAGGAAAAAGAAACCCAGGAGACUUCUGAUGAAUCCACAACACCAAAGCAACCCACCAAAGACGAAUGGAAGGCGGAUUCGGCAGAUUGGGCAACUUACUCAACACACUUCUUUGCAGCACGCUCAAAAAAAUGGGAGGACGACAACUCGAUCUCCUACUCAGCUUGGCGAGACCGUGCUGAACAAUCAUAUGCGGCGAUUCUGGACGGCGCCUUGGUUAAAGCAGGCCAGCAGGCCAAGCCACAGAGUGAAUUGCAAGAUGUGGCAGACGUCGCCUCCAGUUCACGUGGGCUUCUUGUGCACUUCAUCGACUGUGACUACUCCGUCCUCCCUUUGGACUAUCGACAAAAGAGGAGGAUUUUGGUCAGACUGGGAGAGCUUGUGCAGAAGAGGCGUACAAAAGGCGAGAAUGUGGCCAUGGUCAUCUCUUCCAAGUUCCUGGAUUCAGGAGAGAAGCUUUGCCAGAAGGCAGGAAUAUCAAGCCUCUCAAAUGUUGUGCUGUCUAUAGUCAACCCCUCCCAGAAGGCUCGUGAGGAGCGAGACCUGCGGCGCAAGGGCGACAUCAAUACGCGGCGUCUCAGACGCAUCCUGAUGGCUGGCAUUACUCACACAGACAAGGCUGCUCGGACUAUUGAAUGGUUGUCAAGUAGCUCUCACGAAGGCCUCACAUCGUAUGGACAAGAGAUGUGGUCUAUCGAUGCUAGUCAUCACGCGGCUGCACAAAUCUUGGCCAGGAUAUGGAUGAAGCCAGAGCUUGUCUUGUCAUCAAAGCAUGUCGACUGUGUGCUACGAAGACUGAAGAUGCUUACAAAACCCAAGGCAUCCGAAACGGCUGACGAGGAAAAGGACUCGGAGGAGCUUGAAACGAUAAGUGAUGAGGUGGUUGAGGAAGCUGAGCAGAACCCUCUGGAUAAUAUAACGCUGGACGAAUACGAGGAGAGACUUCGUGAUUGUGUUGUCAGCUCAAAAGAUCUCAAUACUUCUUGGGAAGACGUCAUCUUGGACCACGACACAAAAGAAGCGAUGCAGAACCUGGUACCAUCCUCAAAGCUCGAAGUCGAAGGAUCCUCGGAAUUUCUGCUCUCGCAGUUGCGCAUCCGCGGGUGUCUAUUGUAUGGGCCCCCAGGCACAGGAAAGACGCAUCUAUGCCGCGCGAUCGCAGGGACCUCAGGUUUACGCAUGCUCUCGGUCGACUACGCUUCGAUCCAGGGAGGUAUUGUUGGAGAGGCCGAGAAGAUGAUCCGAGCCGCAUUCUCGCUCGCUGCCAAACUUUCCCCGUGCGUGCUCUUUAUCGACGAGGUCGACUCUCUGUUCUACCGCCGAAGCUCCGGGGAUAAGAGCUGGGAGCGGUCGGCCAUCACACAGUUCCUCGUGGAGAUGGAAGGUCUCUCGCAGAACGCUGAGGCGCCGCUGGUGGUCGUCGCUACCAAUAGGCCAUGGGACUUGGAUGAAGCGACUCGCGCGCUGCGAUCCUCCGUCUUCCUCAAGAGAGACGAUUUGGAUCCGGCGGUGGACAUCGACGGCAUCGCAAGCGUGACGAAAGGCUUCUCCGGCUCCGACCUGAAGAACCUCUGCGCGGAGGCCGCCCUAGUCUGGAAGAUCGAGCAGGUCAAGCUCGAUUCCCUAUACGGCACUAUGUCCCCGACGUUUUCUACCGCUCGCAAAGCUCCCAAGAGACUGCGGCUGGAGGUAGAUCACUUCACCGCGGCGUUCGAGAGAAUGCAGCCGAACAAGACCGAGGAGUUGAGUGAGCAAUUGGAGCGGUUCGCUCGGCGCUUCAACCCCGACCAAGGCGAGUUCGGCCAGGGCAACGGCGGAAAGAGAUACAUCUACAACGACACCGGCAGGAAAAAUGAAAUAUUUAGUGUGCGAGAUUUAAUUUCGCGGCCGUUGCCGCUUCAGGAGGACACGCCCGCCAACAUGCAGAUGGUUGUCUGGCGUAGCCCGGAGUCCAUGCUCUUUCCAACAACAGUGAGCAAUCAGACGAGAGAGCCGACCUCCCUAUCGCCAGCCUCUGACAUGAAGUCACAGAAAGACGAAAGUAAGAUUGAGGCUUGUGCUGACGAGCGGCACAAAGACUCUGAGGAUGGUUCGAUGGAAAUGAAGGUCCACAAUCUGGAAGUGUUCUCUUGCGCUGGAUUUGACACGGAGAAGGCUCAUACGUCUCCCGACCACUUUCAAGACUGCGAAAUAAUAGGCGAGAGGGAUUGUAUCGAGAAUAGUCCUGAGCCGAUCGGUCUUGCUUUAUCACAGACAGAACGCUCAGUACUCAAAGCUCAUAACCCGAAAUCAGGGGCUGAUGUAGAUUUGUUGGCCUUGCUAGUUACUUUGGCAGCCGUCUUCUGGUACAGUUAG